AUGUCUUCUUCUAGCAAAGGAAAAGACAUAGUAGAAGGAUCAUCAAGAUCCUCUGCUAAUUCUGGUGAUGGUGGUGGUGAUGAUCAACAUCAUCAUCAUCAACAACAACAACAACAAUUGCCACUGAGCAGGUAUGAGUCACAGAAGAGAAGGGAUUGGAACACUUUUGGACAAUACUUAAGGAAUCAAAGGCCUCCUGUGGCACUUUCUCAGUGUAAUUCAAACCAUGUUCUUGAAUUCCUUAGGUAUUUAGAUCAAUUUGGAAAAACCAAAGUGCACUUACAAGGGUGUUUGUUCUUUGGGCAAACUGAACCACCUGGACCCUGCACUUGUCCUCUUAGACAAGCUUGGGGAAGCCUUGAUGCACUCAUAGGAAGGUUAAGAGCUGCAUAUGAAGAAAAUGGAGGGUUACCUGAGACAAAUCCAUUUGCUAGUGGUGCCAUAAGAGUUUAUCUAAGAGAAGUGAGAGACUCUCAAGCUAAGGCAAGAGGAAUCCCUUAUAAGAAGAAAAAGAAGAAGAGGAAUUCAAUUAUCAAACCCAACGGGGACACCUCAAACUUACCUUUGCAGUAAAGUUUUUAAGUUCCCCUCUCUUUGCUUCUUCAGGAGCAUAUGAUCCCUAAAUUGAUUCAAAGUCCUGAAUAAUGUGUUGCUAGGCCUUGAAUUACUUCAGCU